AAUAAACACGCGUGUAAAAAUUACUAGACUCGUGAAUAAAAAUACAUAAAUAAAUAGAAAGUUCUGGAUAUUUCAAGCAUUUUUGUGACUCAACAGGCAAUUUAAGUAUAUAUUCACUGCAGCUAAAUUUUUAUGUAUUAUCAUUCAAAUUGGACAAGUUGACAGGUGAAACCUAUUACAUCAUUCAAAUUCCUGAAGAAAAUGGCAAGUGAGAGACCCUCUGAUGGUAGUGGAAGGGAUGGUAGAGAACCUCGGAUGCCGAAAGAUGUGCAGGGAUUACUUCAACUUUGUGCUGGUAUGUCUGGCUCAGAUACACAAAAUGAAAACACAUCUUUUCAAGAAAUGACACCCGAGAGGAGAAAAUGGUUAGAAGAAGCGUUAGAGAACAGUACAGUAAGUCCAGUAGAGGAGAUGAAGAAAGCUAUAGGUGUGAUACAAGAUAAUGAUGCUGAUGUUGAUGAUAAAGUGACAGCAUUUGAAACACUUGUUGACUGGUGUGAACAUAUAGACUUUGCAAUAGAUUUUCAUAAAAUUGGUGGUUUUUCAAUAUUUCAACAAAGUUUUGAAUCAGAGGAAGGGGAGGUAAGAUGGUCAUGUCUUGAAUUGAUUGCUUCCCUUGCACAAAAUAAUCCCUACUGUCAGACAGCCAUUUUGCAGCAUGGACUCAUGCCAACCAUUUUAAAGAUGCUGGACACAGAUUCAAAUCCUACAGUGAAAGUUAAAGCUCUAUAUGCAGUGUCAUGUUUAACAAGGGAAUGUGAAGAUGGCCUUAACAGUUUUUUGUCACAUGAUGGUUUCUCAGUUGUCAUGCGAGCCAUGCAGACAGAUAUAGAAAAAGUGAAAAUAAAAUCAGCGUUCAUGUUGAGUGCCAUCUGCAGUGAUAAUGAUAAAUGUAAAGAUAUUGUAUGUGAUAUAGGUAUGAUAGAUCAGUUAGUAGGACAUCUAAGUGAAGAACAUAGCAACUUUCAUGAACAUUUAUUAUCUGCUGUACUGUCUAUAGUAAGAGGUCACACACGUAGUUUACAACAGUGUUCACGUCCAGAAUUAAACCUUAUCUCAUUACUACAACAGAAAGUGCAAGAUCUAAAAGGAAAAGAGCAGUUUCAGGAGGAAUAUGAAUAUGCCCUGGAAUUAUUACAGUUAUUGCAGUCAUCACAAGGCAGUACGGAACAAGAUGUUGUUAGAUGAUGAUUCAUCAAAGACUUUAGAUUUGUAAAACGUUACAUUUUAGUAUGGUGUUUUCUUCUUUAAAGUGCUACUCAAUGUCUAUGUAAAUGUGCUUUUAGUUCAGCAUAUUUAAUUGUUAACAGUGAUGUGAAUGACACCAAUUCUUUUCCGAGUGUUAAGAUCAAACUUUUGUAGUGUUGAACUUAAAUAUUAAAUAUGUAAAACUAAUCUUUUUAAUAAUGUUCAGGAUUGAUGUGUGUAAGUAAUGUGUAGCGGAAAAAUGACUGGGAGAAAUUAGUGGUUAACCUUGGAUUAAAAUACAAUUUACCUUAUAUAGGUAAUCACUUUAAAAUUCAAAGUCAUUCUUACUAAUUGGAUGUCACUUUGGCAGUUACUUACAGUACAGGCUUAAUAUAUGGAAGGCCAAUGUCAUCAGUAUACAACCAAACUACACUGUUUGCUUUAAUCAUUGUUGUGAAAAAUGUUUUUAAAUAGUGACAAGUUUCAAACAGGACUAGCCCAGUACACAUAUUUAUCUGGGUAAGGGUUAAAAGCUGUGUAAAUCACAAUAUUUGUAGGAUAAUUAAAGAGAUACAUGAGGUGAAAUUAUCUGAGGUUGGUAAUAAUUUGCAGGGAAAUAGUUAUGUACACACAUGGCAAAAAUUUUAUGUUGUGAACAAUUAUAUAAUUAGCAUUUUCAAGUUUCUUUCUGCUUCUCGAAAAAAUGUUGUAAUUGAUCUAUCGAUUGUCAUAUAUUUUGCAAAAAAUUGUGUUCACAAAUGUCAAGAUGCUUAAUAUCUGUAAAACUGAAAAUAAAAUGUAAUAAAUGUA